AAUUAAAAAAUAAAUAGAUCUAACUUUAAAAAUUAAUUGUUAAUAAAUAGAUCAAAUAAUAUAAUUCUAAAAUUUCUUUAAAUAGUAAAUAGAAAAAGCGAAUUUUAAUUGAACUAAUGAUGAAUCACAGCUAAAAUAGCUAAAUGAGGCUCAGCUACAUAAAUGAUAAAUCGAAUGCUGAUUCUUAAAUUGUAUUUAAGAACAACGAGUAGCUAAAAAAUAAUCAAACAUUCAAAAGAGCUGAAUCUCAAGAUAAUCUGGGAAACUUUUCUCCAUCUAAUACGACUCAAGCAACUAUUUCUCACAAAUCAAAAUCAUUUUUUGUUAGUCCUAAAAGUAUGACAAAUAUAAACUAGCUUUCUUAGUUGGAUAAUGAAAACUCCCCAAAUUUUAGCUAAAACUUUGCUAAUUUUAGUUAGUUGAGUAAUUAAACUCACAUUCAAAGAGCAUAGUUAAGCACUCCUCCUUAAGGGUUAAUAAAGUUCGUAAUUAGAGUGAAUAUAGAUGAUAACAUAUAAGAAUUUGACACAGAGCAUGACAUUAAUACAAAAUUAGGUUAGGUUUACAUGGAUAUAGCAUAGCUUAAGCAAGUUAAAGUGUAAAGCAUAGUUUUGCAUAUAAACGGUAAUAUUCUACCAUCAGAUAAUACUCCUCUCUAUAAAUUAGUAUAAGAUGGAGAUGUUGUUGUAGCAUAAACGAUGCAAUAGUAUUAACAAUAAUAUAAUUAAUCGUUCAGCGUCUUUAACUCUAACAAAGCUAAUUAGAGUAUGCACAGCAGUGUAAGAUAAUCACAAUCACCAAUUAAUAGAAACAAUCAAUAACAGUUAUAGAAUUUAAAGCUAUUGAAUAAAUCUACAAAUAGCAGCUUACAGAGUCCACACAAAAAGAUGCAAGCUUCCACAUAUGACCCUAUUUAAUAAUAAGCAAAUAGAUUAUCUAAUAAAUCGUAAGGAAAUUUAAAUCAAAGUCCAGUAUUAAGUCCUAUGAACUCUUAAAUCUUAGACAACAGCUCGUUUAAUCCUAAUUUUAUUAGCACUGAUCAUCAAAUGCUUGAAAAUUAACUCGAAAUAAAUAUCUAGUCAACUUAAAAUUAUAUUUAAUUAUUUGAACAAUCAUAGCAAAUACCUGUUAUGAUUUCAUUAAAUACUAAAGGUAAUUUUGAUGCAAAAGCUUACUAAAGACCUCCUAUCGACUUGAUAUGUGUCAUGGAUAACAGUGGCUCGAUGCACGGAGAGAAAAUAAACAUGCUUAAAGAAACAUUGCUUUACCUUAUCGAUUAGCUUGAUGAAAAAGAUAGAUUAGGUUUGGUAUUAUUUAAUUCAGAGGUUACAUUUAGACCAAUGAAAUCUAUGGAUACAACCAAUAAACUCAAACUGAAAUAAUAUAUUUCUGAUAUAAGAGCAUAAGGAGGAACUGAUAUCAAUUUAGGAAUGACAGAAGCAUUCAAAUUUAUAAAGACAAGAAAAUAUUGCAACCCAGUUACAUCAGUGUUUUUACUUAGUGAUGGAUUAGAUAGUAAAGCAUAAGAUAGAGUAGCAGUAACUCUGAAAAAUAUGAGCAUUAAUGAAUAAUUUUCUAUAAACUGCUUUGGAUUUGGUAGAGACCAUGAUCCAAUUUUGAUGAACUAAAUUAGUAAAUUGAAAGAUGGAUCUUUUUAUUACAUAGAAAAAAUAGAUUAAGUUGAUAUGUUUUUCGUCGAUGCUCUUGGUGGCUUAUUCAGUGUUAUAGGAUAAGACGUUUUGAUAAAAGUAAAGAGUGUUAAAGAAUUAUCAAAAGACGUUAACAUAGUUAGAAAUUAUGGAGAUAUGUGGCAUUUAUUAACUGAUUAAGAUACAAAUGGUGGAUGGGAGUACUGUAUAAAGCUCAACCAUCUUCUUUUAGGAACAUCUAAAGAUUAUAUGUGUGAGUUAUUUAUACCAGCAUUUGUUAAUUAAAACUUCGUAUAAAAUGGAGCAGAGAUGGCGUUUGUUAUUGUUGAAAUUACUGCAUUUACUAUUGCAAGUUAGCCAUAAAGAAUAAAAAGAUAAGCUAUUCUUAAUCUUUAAGUUUAUAGUUAAAAUGCAGUCAUCCCAAAAUAGAUUAAGGAUGUUUACAAUAAAGAAGUUCAAAUGAAUUUCUUGCGUGUGAAGGGAGCUAAAGCUCUACAAGAUUGUAUAGAAGAAGCUUAAAACAAGCGUUAUAAAUAAGGGUAAUAAAUACUAGCAGAGCGUUUAGAAGAUAUUGAGCGUGCAUAGUUAGGAGGCUAAGCAGAGCUUCUCAUGCUUAGAAACGAUUUAAUAGAAAGUAGAUAAGCUCUAUAACCAGGUUAUUUUGAGAGAGAGGGUUUACAUAAAAUUUUAGCAAAUCAAAGGGCUCACAUGGAACAAAGGAGUAAAGCUAAUAAUUUAGAAAUGGAUCCAUAUUAAAAUGAUAUGCAGAAAGAAAUGAUUAAACGUCGUAUGAGAUAAAAACUUGGCUUGCCUGAAGAAGAAGAAGUCGUAUAAGAAGAAGUUUUACCAGAAAUAGAGCCAGUUGAGGAACCUUAAAUUGAUUUAUUUAAAACUUUUUGUAAAGCAGCUAAAGAUGCAAACGUGUUAUAUAUUUUAUAAUCUGAAAUACCUAAUCUUGAGCAGUAUUUUAGAGAACAGAUUGAGCCUAAAAUGAUUUAUGAUGGAGCUGAAUCUUUGUUUUUAAAUGAUAAAAUUUAAGAUUGUCUGAGCAAAACUAAAAUGCAAUCUCUUGUUUAAGAGCUUAAAAAAAAUUCAUCUGAUAUAGAUUAGGUGAAGUAAAACAAUGCUGAAGUUUUGAAUUAAUAAAUAUAUGAUGAAGUGGUUAAAGCUGUACAAGCAGCAGGAGUUGAUUUAGUUUAAUUGGUUGGAGGAGACAUAGAUAAAGUAAUUUAAUUUUUGGCUGAAAAUGGAGCUAAUGAAAUAGGAGAAAUGCCAGAACUCUGUGAGGAAUUCUCUAAAAAAUAACUAAAAGCUAUAACAGAUGCUCUAAAUAGAUCCCAAACAAGCCAAAAAUUAGAGAAACUAGCAAAAAUAAAAGGAAUCGAAAGUAAAAAGAAAUCCAAGCAAGUCGAAAAGGAUAGAAAAUUGGUUGAAGAAAUAAUUUAAAUGCUCAGAAAAUCUAUGAAAAUUACAAACGAUUCUGACUUUGAAUAAAUUGAAGUACUAGUCAAGGAUGUGAUGACAUUUAAAAGUCCUUCAUAAAAUUAAAGUAAAAAUGACUUAGAUUAUAUUCUUGACAAGGAAAUCUAAAAAAUAUAAAAAAAUGUUUUAUACGACCUCUAAGGAGGUUUGUUUAACAUAAUGACUUUAAAAAACUUUAAAGAUUAUUUUAAAUAGCUUUAACAAUCCUCUGAAAUAAUCAAUUGAAAAUUAUUUAAAAUUUAAACAAAUUAAUAAUAAAUACAAUUAGUUUAAUUAAUAUUUUAAUGUAUUCAACAAUAUUCUUUCAAUUAUAAAUUAUAAAAUAUUUCCUUAUUUCGAUUUGUUUAUUCAUAAGUUAAUUUUAUUGCCUAA